AUGGCAAUCACCACCAUCCAGGACUGCUGCCUGCUCACCCCGCUCUUCGGGGCCAUGUGGGAGGCGGGGAUCACCACGGUCAUGACCAGCAACCGGGCGCCGGAGGACCUCUACUCCGGUGGCCUCAACAGGCACGUCUACCUGCCGCCCUUCCUGGACGCCCUGCAGGCGCACUGCAAGGUGGUGCCGCUGGUGUCGGAGACCGACUACCGAAGAGAGCAGGUGGCGCGAAGCGGGCUGGCGGAGGAGAGAGUCUUCUGCGAGAGAGGCUCCGAGGACUUCGCCAGGGACUGGUGGACCAAGGCAACCCGCGGCGCCGCUUUGCAGCGGGAGUGCUUCGAGGGCGGCUACGGCCGCAGCGUGGAGGUCCUAGGGUACGGGGGAGUCGCGCUCACGUCCUUCGAGGACAUGUGCGCCAGCAUGCGGAGCGUGGAGGAC